AUGACAGAGUGCAUUGCUGUGCAGGUGCCUGAGCUGCUGGUGACAGUGGUGUAUGUGUCAGGACUCUUCUGGUAUGUUGCAGUUCGUGCUUGGAGCCUAAGAGUCGGUUCCAGAGAAAAUACCAAUCUAGUGUUGACAGAAGUAGUGUAUGGAGUGUGGACCCCUGCCAGCAACAUCUUGAAACAGUGGUACAGGAAUGUAGAGGAGUUUUUAGCUGACCAUGGGCUUGGAGCAUGCGACACCUUGGAAGUGCACCUGCAGCUUGUGUUUUAUCUUUUCUUUCUCAGUCACAUAGAAAAAAUUACAACAUGGCAAGAUCCUCGAAAAACUAUGAACCAACCGCUGAAUCACAUGAGCCACCAUCCUUCAGCUACUUCCACACCAAUACCCCAGAGGUCUAUGGCAAUGUCUCAGCCAAAUCUUGUCAUGAAUCACCAGCACCAAAUAACACCCAGCACAGCCAUGUCGCAGCAGAGUCGUCCUCCCCAGACUCCGCAGCCAGGACUGUUGAGCCUGCCCAGUGCACUGACCACACAGCAACAGCAGCAGCAAAAGUUAAGGCUCCAGAGAAUCCAGAUGGAGAGGGAGCGAAUUAGGAUGCGUCAGGAGGAGUUACUGCGACAGGAAGCUGCUUUAUGCAGACAACUUCCCAUGGACUCAGAAAACAUGGCCCCAGUUCAGACAGCUGUGAAUACACCUGCCAUGACACAAGACAUGAGGCCCAUUACAAAUAAUGGAUCUGAUCCUUUCUUGAAAAGUGGGCCAUACCAUUCCAGGGAACAGAGUACAGACAGUGGCUUGGGAUUAGGAUGCUACAGUAUACCAACGACACCUGAAGAUUUCCUCAGCAAUGUAGAUGAGAUGGAUACAGGAGAAACUAUAGCACAGACAACAAUGAACAUAAAUCCACAACAAACACGUUUCCCUGAUUUCCUCGACUGUCUUCCAGGAACAAAUGUUGAUCUUGGGACUCUAGAGUCAGAAGACUUGAUCCCUAUUCUCAAUGAUGUGGAGUCAGUACUCAACAAAAACGAGCCCUUCCUUACCUGGCUGUAAUCAUUCAAUGCUGAUUGGGCCUACGAUGCAAUUCAACAUUUCUUUUUCCUCUUGAGAUAUAGGUAGAAUAUCUGAAAAUCCUCAAGAGAUACAACUUACUGCCUUAAUGUCUUUUGUUACGUCAUCUUUAUGGUCAGUUUAAUCUCUGCCUGGAUUUGAUUGACACUAAUUUAAAUAUAAAAUACAUAUAUAUAUAUAUAUAUAAAAAUACAUAUAUGCAUAUCUAUUUCUUCCUUUUUAAAAAAAAAGCACACUACUUUACACAUCUGUAUACUUCUUUAACUUUUCAGACCAGGCAGAAAUGUUUCACUUUAAGGACAGAAAGUGGGUGGUGUUUGUGCAUGUCCCUGACUGAUCUCCUAGGUAUUGAUUAACAUCACAACCCCUUCAUGAAUCACAAAAGCUAACUACUAGGUCACUUGGUUCAAAAAACAUGCACAGCAUCAGACCGUGAGAGCAGUUCUAUUACUAUGUUUAUGACAAUAGUAUCCGAAGCUUUUUUUAUCAACAUACUUAAGCUUUAAAAAUCUUUUUUUCAUUCUUAGUAACUAACUGUGCUGUAUGGAAUACAGAUUAAAUCUGAUCCGUAUCAGCCAUAAUAAUUCUCAUUACAUAUUUGUAAAGGCACAAAGAGUACUAUUGCUGUUUCUUUUUUCAGUAUAUUACUGUAUAGUUUUUGGAAAAUAAAUACUUCCAAUCUGAAAGUACCAGAAUUGUUUAGCAACAUUUUUACACUACGAUAUUGUUGCAAAAUAAGCCAGACUGGUACUGACUGCUGCCUUUUAAAAACAAAGCAAUGUAUUAUAAACAAGCAUUUUUUUAAAAGAUCUUAGAUUUUGAUGUUUAUUAUAUUGAGCACUACAAUUUUGUAACUUAACACAUGAACAAACAAUUUUUUAUAUAUCUAAAAUCUGUGGCAAAUAUCUUAAAUGCAAAAACAUGCUUUUAAAAUCAGGUCUGAAAAACGUGGCACAACUUGUUAAUGUCAUAUGUACUGGGGAAAAAACCCUUGCUCAUACUGUUUUCAGUAAUGUUUUUAACUGACAAUGUCAAAAUACAUGUAGUUGUAUACAUGAAAAAUGAUGGUGACUUUAUCAGGGCAAUGCUAAAGCAGUAUUAUAUCUUGUCUGGUAAAGUUGCUUAGUUCUGAAGUCUUCCACUUACUGUAAUCGGUGUACAGGACACAGGGCGUGUUCUGUGUAUUUCUACCUAUUGUAUAUCCUACAAAUACUUCUUUAUCAGAGGUUUGGGACUGAGAAGGCAUCAAGGACAUUAAGCUUGCAGUUCCCCUGAAAUGCAAAUGAAGUCCUAAAAUUCUUAAAUGUUUUGAAAUUAUAUUAUUUAUAAUCUAUGAAUUUAAGCUUUUUAUAUUGAAAAAUAUGUCUUUUUAUGAAAGGCAUUAAAACUUUUCUCUAAGCUUAAUCCAGGCUAUAUAGAGAGAGGAAGAGAUGUAGCACUCAGUGUAAAUGUGUGUUUGCCAGGUCUAAUAACACUUAACAAGAUCUUACCGAUGCACCAGAAUAUUGAUCACUAAAGACUUUUUUCCAUCUGGUUGGGUGAAGGUAGGUGAAAAGGUCAGAGAUGAAGUGAUGGGAAUAUGGAGUGGGUUUGGAAGACAAAUGAUUACGUAACAAGUGUAGAUCCUUGCCGGGAAGGGUGGUUGCAGAUAGGGAUACACAGAAAACGAAUCACCAGUGUUCAGUAAAAAACAUAAUAGAAGAAAUUAAUACAAUAAACUACCUUGUCAGUGAUGAACUGCUGGGUGUACAUCAUAUCAGAAGAUGGAAAAUAAAAAGCACACACCCUGAAGUUUUGAAAAAAGAGAUGGAAGGCAAAGACCUACAGUCAUGAAGUUUUAUUACAUAGGGAAAAGUAGCUCCUUUUAUCUUUUGUUUUGUUUUUAAUAGAAAAUGAGAUGUGACAGCAGAGUUGUGUCUGCACAGAAUUUAAUUACUGAAUGGGCAUUGUGUUUCUUUUAUUCUUUUGGAGGGGUUAUUUGUUGUUGUUUUUAAUUAUUUUUGCUAGUGCUAUCUGUUGAGAUAGCAGAAAUUUCUUUUCAACAAACAGGGGACCGGGCAGGGCUGACUAAUAUUACUGUAAUUAUGAUUAAUCUCUCUCUAUUAAGGACUUCUUCAGGUUGUCAGCCUAAAUGAAAAACAGAUGGUCCUAAGGCUUUGUUCUUUAGAGACAUGACUGACUUUGGUAAAAGAAUUGGAGAUUUUUUGGCGUCUGGUUGUGAUGCCAACUUGUACGGCCAGCUCGUCAGCACUGCAUGAUUGGCCUAACAAGCUGAAAGCCAUUGGUGCUAGAACAAUUUACAGUAGCUGCAGAUCUGAGCUCUAGUAUGGUUCAGCUGAUACCGCUCAUCAUUAGAUUAUGUUUAGAAAAUGCGGUUUGUUCCUUGGCUAGUAAGUCUGUACUAUUGUAAAUUUAAGUUCUGUCAUAAUAAAAGAUAUUCCAAGCAGAUCAGGUUCUCAGCUGGCGUGAAUUAGCUAACCUGUGUUGACUUCUGUUUGGCUACACUGAUUUUCAUCAGCUGAAGGCCAUAUUUGUUACCGUGAAAACUGAUGCAGUUUUCUAGUAAAGUCGCAUAGGAUGUUUAUCAGAAUUGUGAAGCUACAAACUUGAUUCCUCUUUCAUUGGUGUUUCAGGUGGUUAAGUGUCUUGGUUCAAAGACCUUAAAGAGGUAAAAAAAUCAGAAACUAUGUUUCUAUAUUAGUUCCAUAAUAAACCAGCAGCAGAUUUGGAACAGGAGGGUGCUAUGUGAAACAUUACUUCAGUGUAAAACAACUGCCAGAAUCUUAGGUCAGAUCUUUACUCAGUCAUGAACCAAAUCAUGGUUAAGUUAAAAGUGAUUCUUUACACUAUAAGCUUUUCAUUUUUGUAAUGGAGAGGAUGUAUCAGAUGAAGUGCAGCAACAAUAAAAUCUGUUUUUUAAAGUUCUCUUUUUUAAAAGUUUCUGGCUUUAAACAGGCCUAUGGCAGAACUUCUAAGUAUUCAAAGCGUAUGUAAUUCUUGCGAAACUAAAUUUAUUGCUGACAAUAUUUCACUGUACUAUUUCAGGUUUUGAACGUUUACUAAAUGUACACUGUUAUAUACAAUAAAUGUGCCAGCUGGACAGUUUUACUGUUGACCAUCACUGAGGGUGGCAUACAUAAGUCUUGGUGAUACAGAAGUAAUGGGACUUUGUUAAUUACAGUUUGUAUUCUGGUAAUACUGUUAGAAUGUAACUUGGGGAGGGAGUGGGUUUGACUUUUUGAGAACAAAUGCUGUUUGGGGGAAGGGAAGGAUUAAAAUGUCUAUUUUAAAUACAGAAAAAUAUGGGUGUUCAGAUAAACUUGUUUCCUAAUAUACUACAUCCAUGUACAUGCUAGUACUUUAACUUUUUUAUUUACUUUUUUCCAUUUUGUUAUAUGACAUGUGUGAGCAUUUCGAGUACCUUGCAACAGAUUGUAUGUAUCAAAAGCAAUCAGAUCAAACUGUUGUAUCCAGGGUUUGAUUCUGUUUUUUUUAUUUCUUUGAUCUUGUACAUGAAAAACAAAUAUAAAUGAGCUUAAAGAUUUUGGA